AAUCCUGUUUGAGUGGGACUCGUGGACAGACAUCGGGCCGGUGAAAAUAUAUAGAGGUGGCGAUGCCACCUCCUCUCUGGUUAGUGGAGCAGCGUGUCCAAGUCCACGUAGACGCCGCGGCGGGGUAACUAGUCGUAUGUGAUUUGAGGCAUGCCUCACUUUCUAUCAGAGGCAACUGAAGGGGUCGGGAAGGGGAAGAGGGGUCAGAAUCAAAAGCAGGCCGGUAAGACAAAAUCAAUCACAAAGAGUGAAAAGAGAGUAGAAAUCAAGUUGAGUUCGGAAAUUCGUUCAAAAUUCACAAUUCAGCAGAAUGGGGAGCAAAGUGAGUCACCAUCCAGCCCAGCUCGGCUUUACGGGCCAGCCUCGGAGCCAGCUACAGGCUCAGGCACAGGCACAGAGAAAGGCACUGGAAAAGUCGCUGUUCCAGUCCCAGAGCCAAGACGUGGGCUGGCAUAGUGGCGAUGAUGACAACGAUGGACUAUGCGUGUUCUCCUGGGGCUUCCUCAAAUCGUGCUGCCUGUGGCGAGGAUAGAGCUGAAAGAUAUCGAAAAAUCAUAAUUAAAACCAGUUGCAGGUUCUACCGUGCCACAGCCAGCAGGCAGUCAGCAGGCAGCCAGCCCAACCCAUAGACGAACACAUUGCUUCUAAUAGUCAAAGUGACACGCUAAGCUGAUUAACUCUAAUCUAAAGUUGCAACCAGGGGGAAAUAAAACGCCAACUGAAAGCGAACACAAUCAGAAACAUGGGACGAGGGAGGAGAAAGGAGUAGAUGAGCUGGGGUAGUGCCACAUGCCGCAACCCGCAUGGGCCCGGACACUUCGGAGAGGGUGGCACAAACCCAAAAACUUUCUACUUGCAACUGGUAGCCGGCCAAAAGGAAAGGAAACAGAACGAAGCCAAAGACAAGCAAGCACGCGGCAACAACAGCAGUGUGGCAAAGUGUUGCAUACUUGCCAGCCACUCACCCAAAUAGGAAAGGAGUGAAAACGGAUAUAGUACAUAUACAGAUAUAGUAUAUCCGCACACAUAUCUGGAGAUUGAAAGAGCGAACAGAAGGAGGAAACGACCGGCAACAUGCUGUCGUCAGCAAUAAAUAAAACAGCACGAAAUGCUGCCAAUACGUUCCAUUUGCUGGCCAUCCUUCUCUAUUUCUGCUCUCUAGUGCAGGGACAGCAGCAGCAGCAGCAGCAGCAGCAUCAGUUGAAGUACCAGCAAUUGCAAUAUCAGAUGCAGCAGCAAUAUGAAUACCAGCAGCAGCAGCACUACCAGCAGCAGUUCCAACAGAAGCAGCAGCAGCAGCAGCAGCAGCAACAGCAGCAACAUCCACUGACACCCACUGCAGGACUCGCCCAUCAGCAACACGAUGAAACAAUCGAUUUGCUGUCCACGCAGCCCACACAGCUGCUGCAAACAGGCGUUUCACUGAUUGUGGAGGAUGGCAAGGGCUCUGCUGGGAGCGAUGGCAACGAUGGGAACGAUGGGAUCGGAAACGCCAAUGGAAAUCGUCGUCGCACUGCCACAGUGGGCAUGCGGAAGCGAAAGCGUCGACCCCAAGUGCCGAUGGCCCCCAUGGGGGCCACCGAGGAUGACACGGGAGCUGGCUCUGGCUCUGGCUCUGGCUUUGGCUUUGGCUCGGGUGCGGAUUCGAGUUCGAGUUCGAGUUCGGCCUACUGGCGUGGACAUGUCGAGGACGAUGCGGAGGCUCUCAGGAGGCGCAAGCAGCCCCUAGUCAGGGAGCCGAUGGCUGCCCUGGAACGGGAGAGGGACAAGCAGCGACAUCGGCAGGAGCCCACCCACAGCAGCCCUCUGGAUGCCAGCGUCCAGGCGAGCAGUCCGAGCAAGGCCUAUCGCCGGCCAUACGGCCAGUCCAAGAAGGAGCAGGAUGCGCCGACUGGAGUCAAGCUGCAGACAUCGGUGGACCUGAAGAACAUCCUGAAGAACUCCGGCGGCCUAAGCCUGAGUGAGAUCCUGCAGCAAAAGAACCUCUCCCUGGACGACCUGCUCAAGGGAAAGCAGAAUGCCCUGCUGGCACUCCAGACCACGGCCAUAGCCCCGGCCUCCUCCGCCCAGCCACAGGGGGAGACCCACAGGAAGCAGAGCCACCAGAGCAAGCAGGGAGUGCGCCGCCUGCCCCCUGCCUACCUUAGCAGCAGCAGCAGUAGCGCCACCAGCAAAAGCAACAGUAACGAGAGCGACGAGGAGGAGUCAUUGAGGACCAGGGCCAAGUUUCCAACACUUCAGCGCUUGAAGCUCUUCGGCAGCUCUUCGCGGGAGAGCAGCACCACAAGGCGCACUUUGCCCACUCUGGGCAGCACCGCCACCAGCACGGUCGGACCCAGCAGCAGUAGCACCACUCGCCUGCCGCUGUACAAAAAGAGGCAGCAUAUGCGUUCCACCCUGAAACCUCCGGGGCUCUUCAAGUCUGCCACCACCAGCGGCAGCAGCAGCAGCAGCAGCAUCACGAGCAGCACGACAGCAGCAACCACCACUACGCAGGAGGUGGACACGAGCACGCCCAUCUUCACCAGCACCCUGGCCAACAGCAUUGAGGAGUCAGAGGAUCAGGAACCAGAGCAGGCACAGGAGCAGGAGCAGGAGCAGGACGAGCCUGAACCAGACUCGGUCGAAGUGGAGUCUGGGGAAUCCUCCCACACGGAAACACCACUAGCACCUUCCCCAUCGCCGGCCAGCCCAGCCAGCCCAGCCAGCACGGCCAGCACCACCAACAAUCCCAGAUACCGGCUGCGCACCGCCAGCAGCAAGGAGAGCCAAAAGCGGCUCAAGGACAACUUCAUUCACCAACACCACCACCACCACCACCCCUACGAUGGAAAUGUUGUGGAGAGCAUCGAAGAUGUGCAGGUGGAUAUGGAUGCUGAGGGAGAAGUGGGCAAGAGCAACAGCACAGAAGCAGCAGCAGGAGAAGGAGGGGGACCACCGCAGCCAGGCAAUGCCAGUGAUGAGCUGAACUACAACGAUGAUGAUCUAGAGAACUUCUUCGACGAGGUGGAGAGCCACACGCACCACACACGAGUGCCCGCACCAGAACCAGCACCAUCUCAAGCCCAGAUUCCACUCGAACCACAACCGUCCACUGAAUCAUCGUCUGCACCAGCACAGCAGCCGCCAGUGAGUCUGGUGGACGACGUAGAUGAUCGCACCGAUCUCCUGGAACUGAUCGAGGAUCGACGAUCGGGGAACCGCCUGUUCAAGGUGCUCGAGCAGCGGAACAUGACCCUCGAGGAGCUGAUCGAGCACCGAAAGCGCGGCUCCAGCCAGCUGCACCUGUCCACAAUCGUGAGCGGGGGCGAUGAGCACUCACGCUUCUACCCUGGCCAGAAGGUGGUGCUGCAGGACAACAUGGACAUUGUCACGGCCUUUGAGAACUUCCCCCACUUCAACCUGAUGGACCUGAAGAGCGUCAAGCCCGACGAGAUCAAGACGGACUCGCAGGGCUCCAGCUACUUCACCUCAAUCAUAGACAUCGAGCCGAACGACAGCGAGAAGCCCGGCAACCGAGGACCCGCCUAUGCACCGACAUCAUCCGCAUCCGCAUCAUCAUCAUUGUCCUCAGCAGGAGUAUCCUUCAACGGCCAGCACAAGCAGCAGCAUUCACGCGGAGAGAAGUCGCUCGGGUUCUUCCCCUCGUGGAAGACGCUGGCUCUGGCCUCCCUGUCCACGGCGACCGAGGAGCGGAGUCCCUACUUUUUGCCACCGCCGCGACUGCUGCUCGAUGGGAACGGCAGUGCCCAGGAGGUGGAGGUGGACACGGAGCCGGAUGAGCAGGAGCCCAGCAGCAUCGACAUCGACCUGAGUGUGAGUCCCUACGGCGGAGCAGGAGGCGAAGGACUUAACAGUUCGCAGCUGGCCAACACCAAGCUGGCACCGAACGACAAUGUGAUCGAUGAGAUCGAAGAGGAGGUGGCCCGGGCUCACGAUCUUCUCGACCUGGAGCUCUCCGGUCCCGGAUUCCAUCGCAGUCCGGCGGCUGCGGCGGCCACCUCGGUGUCCCAACAGCAUUUGGGCACCCUAUACGCUAGUAUGCCGUCCGGCAUUCGGUCGGCGAUUGUGGCCAGUGCUGCCAUUGUGAUCACCGCACUGGCUACCUUCCUGGUGAUCUUUGUGGUCUGUCGCUGGAAACAGCAUCGCCGACGCAAAAGCAGCUAUCUGAAGACCUACAACGCGAUGAAGAGCAAGCUUCCCCAGAUGGCCCAGACGGUCGCCUCGGCCUCGCGUCGCUCCUCGAUGCGCCACCACAUGGAGGAACUGGUCAUUGGCUCCAGCAGAGGAGAGGCGACAGCGGCAGCGGCAGCGUCAUCGGGAGGCGGAGCCGCAGGAGGUGGAGCAGGAAUGGGCAUUGCGAGCAUCUCGACUGCCGUCUCCUGCUGCACGCCCGUCCACCAGCUUCAGCGGCAGAGCUCCAUGCUCUUCACACGCGACGGAUCGUCAACCUUGAGCACUGCCACCUCCCUGACCACGACAGCCGGGGCUGGGCCAGCGGGUACCACCGCGAGCGGUGCACCGCCACCCACAGCAGCGCUGUGUGGACGGUCCCAGGGAGCAGUGGCCAGUGGUAGCUCCAGUAGCUCGGCAUCCGCCUCGCUGGCCCUGUCGCUGCGCAGUGCUCACCAGAAGCUCAAUACCAUGGACCCCAACUCGCCGGAGGUGCAGGAGUAUCUCUUCGACACAUUGCGCAAAUCGUUCGAUUAUUAGGCAGGCUCACUCAACUAUCGAUAGAGCGAUCGAUCACCGGCGAUAGGUUUUGCUGUUUAGGCCAAGUUUUAUACAAAUAUACAUACAUCCACAGAUUCCCCACACGCACACACACACACAGAGAGAGAGAGAGAUAGAGAGAAUACAAUUUAGAUGAUUAAUUAGAUUAGUUUAAGAAAAAAAAAAAAAAAGAAUGAAACAUUUUUUUUGUGGUCAAAUUUCGAGUAGAGGAAUUUCUUCAAGCGAACGAACAUUCUGUGAGAGAAAGUAAAACUAACCUAAACUUAGCGAAAAGACAAAUACACACACACACACACACACACAUACAUACACAUAUGUACAAUGCGUUUCAUAGCUGUGGGACGAAACCCACUCGCAAGCCUAAGCUCCAAGCUCGAAUUCCUAAAAAAAACAAAGAAGAGAAAACAGAGACAAAGCCCAUCACAAAGACAUCCCUCUGAACACUGUCUCAUGGCCAUGAACGCUACUCUACUUUGUCUGUAAGCUCGGCAAACUGUCGUUUCGAACUACUCCAGAUCUACGCAACACUAUAGACCAUCAACUAUUGCGACUCCUUCGAGCAGGACAUACAUACAUAGGACACGGCAUUCCAAUGGGUUUCUAAAGCACCAAGCGAAAAAGUUUAUAGAUCGAAUAGAAGUAGCAAAGAAUCUUAGCCAGAUAAAAUACAGUACAGUUGUGUUCGCACGAUCCACAGCACAGAGCCCAAAUCGAAUACCAGAUAAGGAAAUUCGAGAAAGCAAAACCAUUUAUGAGGACAAUAAAUAUUAAACGAACAAAAAUUAAGACGAAUUAAAAGAAACAAAACGAAUCGAAAAGAAACACCUUCUUUGGCACUGACGAAAAAAGAAAAGAAACCAAAUUUUAAUACUCGAAUAAAAGAGGGAAUUUCAUAUUAGAUUGGGGCAAAUAUAUACAUAGAUGGGUGUGGUCACAAGCACAACAACAACAACAACAACUAAAUCAACACUAAUAGUAUAAAUUUUCAGUGCACUGCAAGAACAAUAAGAGAAUUGAUUUAUUUUUUAGCUGCAGGCACUUUUGAUUUUGAUUUUCUCCAACCAGCCCCGACCCCACUUUCCAUGCCACCUCCAUUCCCCCCAUCCACCCCCUGCUCACUCCAGAGUCCUAUACACUAGAAUAUCUGUCGACCGUACGAGUAUAUACAUAGAUAUACCAAUAUAUAUAUAUAUAUAUAUAUACAAAUAAAUAUAAAAAUAUGUAUGUUUAAGCACGCUCAAAUAUGUAUGUAAAUAAGUUUGAAUUUGAUUUUUUUUGAGAAAUAAACUGUAGAGCAAA